CACACGGACGGCGGCGGCAAAGACGACAGAGUCGGCAGGGACUCGCCAGGCUACUAACGACCAGACCUCGCUUGACACACGUACCGCAAACUCACCUCGGUCGUAGCCGUAGCAAGCUCUCGCUCUCGCUGUACCGCACCCCGCUUACAGCCGUGCCUCUCUCGCUCGCUCCCUCGCUCGCUCCCUCGCUCGCUCCCUCGCUCGCUCCCUCACUCGCUCCCUCGCUCGCUCCCUCUGCUCACUCCCUCGCUCGCUCUCUAUCAUGGCAAAGUCGCAGUACGAGUACGUGCGCAAGUUUGAACAGGACGAUGCAUUGUUGCCGCUGACGUGGGUGGUGAUCCGUGUGGACGGGCGCGGGUUCUCGGGCUUUGUGGCGCGGCACGAGUAUGCCAAGCCAGUGGAUACCCGCGGGGCGGCCGUGAUGGACGCGGCAGCCAAGGCGGUGAUGGAAGACAUGGGCGAUCUGGUGCUGGCGUACGGCCAUUCGGACGAGUUCUCGUUUGUCCUCCCGCCGUCGUCAAACGUGUACAAGCGACGCGCGUCCAAGCUCGUCUCGACGGUUGUCUCGCUCUUUACUGGCGCCUUUAUCGCAGCCUGGCCAGCCGCCUUUGGUCCCGACGUCCCGCUGAUGGAGAUGCCGGUCUUUGACGGGCGGACCGUUGUCCUUCCCACUCGGGCCGUUCUCCGCGAUUAUCUUUCGUGGCGGCAGGUUGACUGCCACAUCAACAACUUGUUCAACACCGGGUUCUGGGCGCUGGUCGGCGACGGCGAUGAUCCAGCCGUCGCCAACAAGCUCCUCUGCGACGCCAACUCUGCGCAAAAGAACGAAAUCCUCUUCUCGCGCUUUGGUAUCAACUACAACAACGAGCCCGAGCUCAACCGCAAGGGCUCGAUCUGGAUCCGUGACCUCGAGGUGACCGACUACGUCGACGCACGCGGGCACGCCGGCUUCCGCGUCUCGCGCAAGCUUGUCAACGUCAACACCGAUCUCAUUGGUGACGCCUUUUGGACGAGCGCCUACCCACACCUUCUCGCCGACGUCAAGCUCAAGGACCAUCACAAGCGGAUCAAGGCUGAACGCGCCGCCGCAGGCCAUGGCGCUGACGCACCCGGUGCCAGCCAAUGAACGCAU